CAGAAUUGUGAGCGCGACACUAACGCAAUUCCACAUUCCAUACAUACGCAGUCGCAAUGUGUAGCGUCUGGGCAAGGAACAAGCAGCCACAACAAUAAGUACAAGUAUAACAACAGCCAGAGCAACAACAACAACAGCAACAACAGAAAAAUAGCAACAAACCAACAUAACCAUUGCAAACUAAGCAGAGCAGCCAAAGGCGGCGGCCAUUUUGCGAAAAUGCUAACAAAAUUUGCAAAAAUAUGCAUUUUAACAUUCGUAAUUGCGCCCAUCGUGCUGGGUCAGGACGGGAGAACAACAGCAAUACUAGCAGCUGAAACGGCAACUACAGAAGUGGCAGCGGCAGUAGGCACUACAACAGCAACAACAACAACAGCAUCAUCAGCAGCAGCAGCAGAAAGUGUGCUGUCAGGCAUAACAAAUGACAAAGUGAAGCAAAACCAAACGGCUGCAAAAAUGUGGCCGGAAAUGCAACGCGGCACACCAACAGCUACAACAACAACAACAACAGCUACGAGCAUGUCCAGUACAAGCUCUAGCGUCAGCGUCAGCUCCAGCUCCAGUUCCAGCUCGACCUCAACGGCUACGCCAACAACAACGGCAACCACCAGCACAACAACGACAACGACAACAACAACAACCGCAGCGAAUGUUGCGGCGACAAACGGAAAUGAAGCAUUCACAGAAAACGGCAAUGCCAAAGCGUUGCCAGCAACAGCGCCUAAAGCGGAAAUGGCAGCCAUGGUGGCACCAACAACAACAACAACAGCCUCAACAGCUGCUGAUAGUGUCGAUUUAAUGAUGCCCACAACAAGCUCAGCGCCCACCAUACCGCCGCUAAGCAACAUCAAAGAUACGCUUCAUCGCAUUAAGUUAUCGGCGUUGGUAACAACAACGGAAAUACCAAUACUUGCCUUGCAGGAUGAAGACGACGCCAAUAAUUCCGGCGACUUCGCAGAUGCUUCCACCUACACUUCCGGUGCCGACAGCGAUACGAAUGCCGAUACCUCCCAGAUACAAAUGCAAGCCGCUGCCUCGUACCAAGUGGCCGAGACUUUGGCGGAUUUAAAUGAGGAGGAGCGUGCACGCUAUGGCGCCAUGUUGGCACAACAACCAACGUCCAGUAAACUGAAUAUCGUCGAUUUAUAUCCCAUGAAGCUGGAGGAUUUCCAACCAAUUUUACGCAACUCGAAUGAACAAUUGCUGAAGGAGCGCACCGUUUUCACACAGCCCGAAAAUGCACAGGAAUACCGACAGAACCUAAUGCCCAAUGAGGUGGAAAUGCAGGCGCCACCACAACUGACAGUCAAUCAACUCACAACAACAACAAAAACAACGACAACGACAAUGGCAACAGAAAUGCCAGCAACGUCUGGCAGCGACAAUGAUUUCACGGGCAAAUUACUGGCCGAUCAGGAUGAUUUGAUUACCGAAAUCGAGCGCAAAUUUCAGCUUCGAGAGAGCUCCACGUCCACCUCAAAGCCGUCGACGCCACGCCCACUGCCUCCACUGCCCCCAUUGGCGGCUGGCGACACAUAUAUCGACAGACGCGUGAAGAAGAGCUUUGAGUUUCCACUGCAUCGCGCCAGUGACGUCAUGGCCAUGCCCCACAUCGAUUUUGCCAAUACAAAGUUUAAUACGGAUGCCAGCGAUGGCUCCGAAAUGCGAGCGCCAGCUGCCGCCCAUCCCGAGUUCUCGACCACCAAAUUCUAUAAUAGCAAGGAAUUGUAUAAUGAAAUGUUGUUACAUAAUAAACGCAAGUUAAUGAAAACGGCGACAACAAUAACAACUGAGAAGCCCACUACACGCGGCAUUAUAAAGUCAUCAGCAAUGGCGGCCACAGCGGCAGCUUCAACUUUCAACGCUGAAGAGUUGCGGAAAAGUUCACGGCAGCAGAAACUUCAAGUCAUUAGAACAAGUGACCCAGCAAAGUUGGUAGCAGCAGAGGCAGCAAAAGCAACCACAUUGUCUUGGCAGACAGUAGCGCCGGCAACAACAACAACAGCAGCAACAGAAGCUGAAGCUGAAGCUGAGGCAGAGACAGAGACAGGGGAUGGUGCCAACACGUUUAGACGCGUGACUUUGACGCCCACAAGCCAAAGUUUUGCAGCCACGACAACCAAAAUGCUGCCAACAACAACAACAACAGCAACAGCAGCAGAAGCAACAACAACAGCCGCUAACACUCAAAAGCUGGAGAUGACGCCCACAGUAACCACAACUUUGAAACCAAAGAAAUAUCAGAAGCAGCUUAAGCGCGCCAAAUUAUUGCUGAAGGCAAUUUUGCCUCCGCAAGCAACUAAAACGCCCGCCGACCUCGACAAUUUAGAGGUGGUUGGCUCUCAACUCCAAAUUACUUCAGCUGAGGCAAAUGCUAGAGCAACAAAGACAACAACAACAACUGCAGCAGCAGCAGCAGCAGCAACAACAACAUCCACAGCAUUGCCCAUGGCUGAAGUCUCUACGAAGAGCUCAAAGCUCCCGCCAUCGCCAUCACCAUCACCAUCGUCUUUUCCUUCGCCUUCCUCGAUAUUGUCGUCGCUGCUGCCACCGCAUCGCUACACGGCUAAUCCGCCUAAAUCAGCCUCAAAGCCAAUUGCUCGGCCUCGCAUUUUAAGUCGCCUCCAAGAGAAAAUCAAUUCGCUUGAAUGUGAGAUACAAAAUGUGCCCCAGGAUUCGCAUUUGUGGCGUGGCAAUGAAACGCACGAGCUCCUCCUGCCAAUUGUGACAACGGAACACUGCAAAGCUGGAGAGCAGUGCUCGCCGAAUGUGGUGUCCUGGCGAGGCGAAGCGGAAAUACAAUCCGGCGAUAUUUUAAUUGUGGAAAUCAACGAUGCCAUGCUGUAUCCAAACCACGAGCAGAACAACACCAGCAGCGCGGCGCAUGCCAUACAAGUCUACCAGGUAACACGUUCCGGCCACGAACAUUGCGAUGUUACCGAAGGUGUGCUUUUGGAUAUCACACCGUUGCUGGUCGACGGCAGGAAACUGGUUACGCUCUAUGACAAGGACCUCACCGAGGGAGUCAACUUGUUAAUUGUGGUCUCUGAACUCUGGGGCGCUCAGUGUGUGCGCCUAAAGGUGACUACAAAAACCGACAAUUGUGGCGAGAACGCCGAAUGCUCCUCCAAAGGUAUUUGCUACUCCAAUGUUGCUAUGGAGGAGUACGAGUGUCAGUGCUGCAGCGGGUUUGCCGGACCGCAUUGCGAGGAAAUCGACGCCUGCAACCCUAGUCCUUGCACCAACAAUGGCAUUUGUGUGGACUUGUCUCAGGGACAUGAGGGCAACUCAUAUCAGUGCUUGUGUCCAUACGGCUAUGCGGGCAAAAACUGUCAAUACGAGUCGGAUCCCUGCAAUCCCGCCGAGUGCAUGAAUGGUGGCACCUGUGUGGGUAACUCAACGCAUUUUCGCUGCGAUUGCACGCCCGGCUACACGGGUCCAUUGUGUCAACACAGUCUGAACGAGUGCGAGUCAUCGCCAUGUGUGCAUGGAAUUUGUGUGGACCAGGAGGAUGGUUUCCGGUGCUUCUGUCAGCCAGGUUUCGCCGGCGAGCUCUGCAACUUCGAGUAUAAUGAAUGCGAAUCGAAUCCAUGUCAAAAUGGCGGCGAAUGCAUCGAUCACAUCGGGAACUACGAGUGUCGCUGUACCAAAGGCUACACAGGCAACCGUUGCCAAAUAAAGGUUGAUUUCUGCGCCAACAAACCCUGCCCCGAGGGACACCGUUGUAUUGAUCAUGGAAAUGAUUUCAGCUGCGAGUGCCCGGGAGGUCGCAAUGGACCGGAUUGUAAUCAAAUGCCACGAACGUAUUUUCAGCAGUGCAACGUGAAUCCGUGCACCCAUGGUGGCACUUGUUGGUCCAGUGGCGACUCCUUCUACUGCGCCUGUCGUCCCGGCUACACGGGCACAAUGUGUGAGGAUGAGUUUGUGGUCGAGACCGUCGUAAGCUCAAGUGAAUUUAUCGUCGACGAUGCGAACGCCAGAAAUUUUAAUGACAAAACUUUUGGUUCAUCGGUUGUGCUUAAGAGUCCCAUUGAAUUGCAUAAUGCAUAUUUUGCUGCCGGCGUGCUUGCGGCCGCCAUUUUCAUCGUUGCCGUUGUGGUCACCAUUUGUCACUGCAAGGUCAAUCAGACGUAUCGCAAAUUCUCCACACGUUCCACAUCAUUCAUCCCCAUUUUGGGCUUCAAUCGUCGACCGAAAAUGCAAGGAAAACUAAAUAAGCAUUGGCUAAGUGGCAAAGGUCUUGUAGGCGGUGCUGCUGCUGGCGCUGCCACCGGAACCACCCAACGCUCCUCCGCCGCCGCCCCCUCCCAGUCGACGCGUCAUCUGCCCUCUCAGCCGAACGGCAGCAGUUCCCAGACACAGACCACGCUGGGUGGCCAAUUGCACGAGCGCCCCUUCCAGCGACACUUGGCCAUGAAUCUGGAGAACGACAUGUACUAUACUGUGGACUUUGCGGAGAACUCGCAGCACUCUCCAUUGAUACAGUGAGAAAGAGCUGGUGGCCGAGGAGAUGGGGGCUGGUUAGUAAAAUUUACGCGCGAGCGACUUUUGCACGAGUAACUUGAGCGGAUGUGUAAUUAUAAUGAUUUUUUGCUACAAUAUUUCAAAUAUUGAGAAUUAGGCGAGUCGGCAGAUAUAGUACAUACUCGUACGAGUAUAUGUAUUGAUAAUAACUAAUGCGUAAACAAAAAUUAAAACUGAAGUGUGGGUAAAAUAAACUUAAUGAUUAUCAUAACUACUUACAACUGCGCUAUUAUAUUUAUGACUAAAACAUAUUUAUUGCGUAAUAGGCUUACGAGUAAUUCUAUUUACCUAAAGUUUAUUUGCUAAGCACACACACACACACACACUCACACGCACACAUACAAAUUCGUACACCCAAGUUUCGAUUACAAUUUAAAUUGGCUGUUGAUAAUAAUUAUGCAACUCUUGCAUUGUUAUUGUUUAAUUAGAUAAUACACAAACACUCACACACACGCACACACACGCACACACACACACACACGAGCAUGCAUUGAGACUGUUUCUGCUAUCAAUGAGAUGGAUUUUAGUGCGAGUACCGCUUACACCUAAUUAAUGCAAUUUAUGCACAUUUGCUUGUUGCUUUAAGCUUAAGUUAAACACUUUAAGUUCGCCAAAGAUAUAAAAAGGGCACUAUAUGAAUGAAAAUAUAAUCAAAACUGAACUCUAUUAUUUCAUUUCAUUUACCACAGUUUGCUUCCCUUUUAUGAAUUUCUCAGUACGGUUAAGUUGAGCCUGCUUUUCGACAUACGAUUAAGCUAGGAUUUUUUUAUAUUUUGAUAAACACAAUUUCCUAUCAAUAGCACACUCAUUGAUCAAAUCUGAUUGUGGGAAUCAUUACAACUGCUUUCCACAAAAAUAAAUUGGUGUUAAUAGACCUUCAUGUUCAUUCUUAAACGGAAAUUAAAUUAUAUCUGUAAAAUCUGGAUUAAAUCUAGACAGACAGAGCCAGCAUGAUUUCAAAAAGAAGAUUGCUUAUGUCUAUUGAAGUGUAUUAUACUUUACACACUUAGAGGCACUAUCGUACAAAAUUAAACAGCAAACUUCAACUUAAAUACGAAUUUAUAUAUUUUGCACGAUUGGCAUCUGAAUUCAAAUAUUAAAUUAAUUUCCUCUUUAUUAUUUUUAAUCAAAAUCAUACACGCUUAUAUACUUAGCAAGUCAAAUCAAAAUUAGACACAUCUAUGCAUUCCACAUUUAAAUCACUAAAGCUAAUUAAUUAUGUUUAUCAACUAAUAAAUUAAUAUUGUUUGCAUUCGCGUGCAAUUUAUGGCCGAACUAUAAAUUAAAUUAUCAAAACAGUCAGGUUUACUGUCAAAUGAUGCAACAUUCAUUUCUAAUUAAAUAAGCUCUCAAAAAAACGAAUAUAUAUUGUAUUUUCAUCGAUAUGCUCGCAUUAUUUUCCAUUCAACAUUAAUUAGCAUAAAUUAAAAUGUGGCACUAAAGUUAAUAACUUUGUUGUUAAAAUGUGGUCAGAAAUUAAUGGGUAGAAAAUAUCUUUUCAAAUUUGCAUAAUGCAUCUGAACAAAGAGUGUGUGUAUGUUUAUGUGUGUGUGUGUGGGCAUUCUGACAACUACAUUAAGCAUAUUGUUGGCUGAUAUGCUAAUGGCAAUGCAAAUGGAAAAAUGUUGCACUCAAUAAUAUUAACAAAAAUUACAAAAAUUGAAUCUAUAAAAAGAAUAAGCUUGGCAGCAAUUCCAUAAAUAAUAAAUGUGCAUUGAAUGGAAAUAAGUUUGUAAUUAAAAUGAUGUAUUAAGUAAUGGAUGACAUUUAAAUCAAAUGAAAAAAAAGAAUGGCAAGCUAAAUAAAAUGAAAGAAAAACAGUGGCAGAGCUGUAUGAAAGCAAAGCAAAUACAUUUCUAACAGAGGUGCAUGAAAAAAACGAAACAAAAAAUAUAUGAUGUAACAAAAACAAAGCUAAUUGCGCUCGCAACAACACAAACAAACACAAAAAUCAAAUGAGAAACCAAUGUAGUUUUAAGCAAAAAUGCAAAAUGAA